AUGCCUUUCUUCAAGCAGCUUCGUCGCCGGUCCAAGGCUAGCUUCAAUGCUACCGACUCCAAGUCCCCUUCAACUAAGGUGGAAAUGGUCUCGGGAAAAUCCUCCUCCACGAUCGACACUUCUUCCCACAGCUCCAUCACUCCCCCAUCGUCAAUCAAACCGACCCUUUCCUCCCCGAAUCUCCCUUCUCUGUCCGAAUCAAAUGGUACCAGCAUCGCCAGCACAACCAGCACACCCCUCCCUGCUCCCCCGCAACGACCGGCCACUUUGGUAACAACCCCGUCACAACGGAACAGCGUCGUGGGAAGCUCCUCUUCCUCCAUCAAUGGCAUCUUUCGGACGCCCGCCCCGAGCUCGCCCUAUGCUCCAAGGAUUGUCUCAAUCUCUGAUAACAACUGGGUCCAUCAAAAAGUUCUCCUCAUCUAUGGCCAGGUCGGCGACCCGCGUCAACAUCCGCUGGACGGCAAUUUGACAGUCUUCCAUCACCAAGAUAACUUCCCGUCGAUCGGCUGGCCCGUCACGGCAUCCCACUUUAAAGCUCUCGUUCAUUUGGUUCCCGGUCCCAAUCGCCUUCGCUUCGACUUUAUUUCUCCCAAAUUAUCGACAGGAAGCACCCACCCCGCCGUGCACUCUACAUGGAUCAAUAUUAACUACUUGCCGUUGGUCAACUCCCCGCCUCUGCAUUUGGUGAUCCUACUUGGCAAGGACUCCGAUGGCACCUACGAUACCGUACCGGAAAGACAAGAGCGGGAAGGCAAUGGUCUCGAAACGGCGAUUCGAAAAUACCGAACAGCUGCAUACCUGUGGCAGGCUUUCACCGGAGAGCAAAUGUAUCGCAACAACCUCGGCCGGCGCUGCUUUCGAUUUGAGGAGGAGUGGCAGCCAGGGAGUCUCAGCCGCCGGGAUUUACCCGCUGGUCAGAUGCGAAACGAAGCCAAGGUCCACGUUAUUCGCUCCAACAAGACCGUCGCCGAGCUGAGAGAUCUCGAGAUCGCUCAGCAAAACCAAAACGCCAAAAACAGAGACGAGCUCUUCAACAUUGCGAAAGACGCUGUGCGCAGUCAUUUUAACACACAUUCCGGUCAGAAGCAAUACGUCUCCGUCCUGCUUCUCGACUCUCAUUGGGAUACCGGUGCACAAACUAUCACCGGCCAUGCUGCUCUAGGCUCGGGCGACGACGACAUCAAAAUGGCCAUUUUCGGGUCACAUUGCCUGCAGAGCUACCCAUCAUGCUUGGAAGAGGUGGUGGAUGCAUUUUCUGACUGCACGCGAACAGAUACCAACUACGUGGCCAACGAUAGCGGGGAGGCUGGCUCUAACUGGGAGUCCGCCAACCUGGGAAUUGGAGCUCAUCUCCACGAGGUCGGUCACCUUUUCGGUUGCCCUCAUCAGGAGAGCGGUAUCAUGUUGCGCGAUUACGUCCAACUCAACCGAUCCUUCCUGACCAAAGAGCCAUUCUCAACCCGUACAAAGGCGCAAGGCCUGAAGAUCUGUUUGCCGAACGACGAAUGUGGAUGGCAUCGCUUGGAUGCGCUGCGUUUUCGAUUCCACCCGGCCUUCCGUAUGCCAAACGAUGCCCCAGUCAGCUCGGAUGAUAGCGUUCAAGUAUGGCCAGUGGAAAAUGGCAAGAUAUUAUUCACUGCGUCAUCAGGAAUCGCGUUCAUGGAACUAUACAAGGAGGGGGAUGACUUCUGUCACGACUUCAUCGAGUACCUCAACACCGAAAACAGCAGCAACGGACUACCGAAACAAAUUACCAUUACUGAAAGCGAGCUCCGCCAAAAGGUCUUCGGAAACGAGAAGGAGAAGAAAAAGAAGAUCCGCUUGGUGGUCUACUCCGGUGCAUUGGGCAGCUACACUGUUGAAGACGUUGGCCUUUUAAAGUCCAAGAGCUCUUUAGUCAAGCUGCCAAAGAGCCAGACUGGCUACAAAAGUGGAAUCCUGGGCCAGUCAAACAUGGAAGGCAGCGAGCCCGAGCAGCUUCUUCUCGAGUCAGCCUUUGUUAUGUCGAAAUUGCUGACGUCCAUCAAAGUAUACCACGGCUCAGCCCUGGAUGGUAUUGAGUUCUGCUACGAGGACAUGACGAGUCAACUCUUUGGCAAACGUGGUGGCAAGCCUAGCGGGGAUGAGUUCGUUCUGGAUGUUCGACGUGGGGAGAUUCUACUUGGGUUUUACGUCCGAGCUGGACUUUGGAUCGAUGGAAUCGAAAUUCUCACUAGUCAUGGGAGGAAAUCUGGUCUCUAUGGAAACGCCACGGGCGGAGCAGGACACACAUUGAUACCACCUUUGGGAUAUAAGAUUGCUGGUGUCUCUGGAUCCACCGGUGCUUGGGUAGACGGGUUUUCUCUCAUCAUUCAGCACUGA